UCUCUCUCUCUCUCUCUCUCUCUCUCUGUGUCGCUCUAUCUUCCUCCUUCAAACUGCCGCUGGUAUAGAAAUUGAAAGUUCACAGUUACACGCCGGAUCAUCGGGACAGGCUGCAAAGACAUCACUAUGUAUCCUGCCCGUGUACAAAUGUUCAGAGAGAAACUAGACAACCAUCUCAGAUUACCAUGGCCUGAAUAGUCCAGGUCUAACAUGCUAUUUGAACAGCGUGCUUCAGGUGCUUUUUAUGACUGAGGACUUCCGGGCGGCAAUAAAACGAUGCUGCAGUGAAGAUUCAACAACCAUUGACUCACGCCUGGGAAAACUGUUUGAUGAGUUAGAGAGACGUUUGGCUAGAACAUAUAGCUUUACAACAAAUCUUGGGAUCACAGAUGUACACAGGCAAUGUGAUGCUGCUGAGUAUUUUGAGAAGAUCCUGCAUUUAAGCAGCAUAGAGGCAUCCAAGAUUUUCAAGGGAGAGCUGAAUCAUAAAACCACAUGUGUCGCGUGUGAGAAGAGGAACAACUCCAGGAGCUGUUUUUGGAUUUUGCCACUUACUGUGAACUAUUUGGAUCGUCAAACGUACAGUGUGGUGACCGAGUUGAGGGCAUACUUUAAAGGAAAAAGAAUCUGCGGUGACAACAAGAUUUAUUGUGACUGCUGCAAUAAAAAGCAAGAUGCAGACAUUGGCUGUGAGAUGACACUUAAUCCACAGAUUCUGACCCUCCUGCUGAAGAGAUUCAGUUUUGACCACAAUCAUAAGUGUUAUAUCAAGCUUCACUGCAAAGUGGAUGUCCCCCAAACUUUGCACAUGGAGCAAUGCACCUAUGACCUCUAUGCUUUAGUCAACCACUUUGGUAACCUCAGAGGAGGUCAUUAUACUGCAGAAAUCAAGUCUUUUGAAACUGGGGAGUGGUAUCACUUCAAUGAUGCCAUUGUUAAGAGGGUCAAACAACCUCUAUUUGGGGCUGGAAACACCUCUGUGAGGUCCCAUACAGCAUACCUUCUCAUGUACAGGAAGGUGAGCGGACAAACUGAUGAAGUCGACCAGAAAGCUGACUUCGCAUAUUCUGAUGUCAAGGCUGAAGGAAGAUGUGAUGAGGCAGAGAGAGGAGAGGCUCUUGUUCCUCAUCAUCAACUGAAGGAUGAAAGUUGCAGCACUUUCAGAAAAACUUUGAAUGCUUCAUAUCAGCAGGUGUGGCAUCAAGCGAAAAAGAAAGUAGGUAUUGACACUUUUUUUUUUUUCUCCUGGUUUGUUUUCACAGGAAAUAAGAUCAUUUAUACUUUGAAAGUACACUUUGUACCAUAUCUCAUCUUACAGGAAACACGUCUUUAAGACACAACUGUGCCACUGACACAAACACCAGGCAGAGAAUUUCUGAGAACCUUUGCCCAACGACUCAAGCCCUGCAUGAAACAGAAACUUGAUUGGCUGUGCUGUUUACAGUUCACUGAAAUCUCACUCACUUUCAAUUAAUGCCACACAUUUACAGGAAUUCACAUGACUGCAGUUGGGUGUGGUUUCCCCCAAAAAACUAUAUCUGUUGUUACGACUGCGGUCAUAUUAUUGUAGGUGGUUUGUUGUAUAUGUGUGUGUGUGCCCUGUGUUCCUGUUUUUUUCAUUUGUAUGCAAAUAGGUGUGUGCCACAGCCGCGCCGUCAUUGGGGAAAGGCUCUGCACCCUGGUUGGUGAUUGGCUGCAACCCCCGAUCACCUGGUACAUAAAGAGCCAAGAUGGCCGCCGGCUCCCUCUCGUUUUCCUCUUCUCCCAACUGGCCACA